AUGGCGUCCACCGCAACCAAAGCCAUCCCCAAAUUCCGCUAUCUAUCAGCAUGGUUCUGUCCAUUUGCUCAUAGGAGUACUCUGGCAUUUGCCCACCACAAAGGAAGGGUCGAUUAUGAAUGGGUUGAGGCACUGGGCUGGGAACUCCAAAAUGACGCCAACAGUGUCACAGGAACCGGCCAAGACUGGUAUUAUCAUUGGAAAGCCGAAGAACUCACACGCGUCAACAAAAGUGCCCUAGUGCCAACCUUGAUUACCGUUGACCCCGAAACGCAACAACCAGAUGAAUCCAAAGUUGUCUACGAAAGUCUCGUCUGUAUUGAUUUCAUCGAUCAAGUUAGUGGAGCCACGGGAAAAGAUAAACUGGUAUCCGAUGAUCCAUUGUUGGCGGCACAAUCCAGAAUCUGGGCCGACAAGGUCAAUCGUGACUGCUGUUCCCCUUAUUACGGGGUCCUCGUCAGAAAGGAAGACGACGAACGAAGAGAAUUCUUUGACAAACUAAUCAAUGGAUUGACGACAUUCUCCGAACAAUUGCAAAAGACACCCGGGCCCGUGUUCUUGCCCGAUGGACAGCUCUCCAAUGUCGACUUGACACUCAUUCCGUGGGCCUACCGCUAUUAUGUGUUUGAACAUUAUCGUGGCCCCGAAUACAAAAUUCCAGAAUCCAAAGAGCUGGAGCCUUACCACGAGUGGUACGAUCACGUCAUGAACUUGGAGAGUGUGAAAUCAACACUGCCAGACAAGGACCGAUAUUUAGAACACAUCCAAAAGUACGCCUCUGGUAGUGCCCGGUCCAAGGUUGCCAAUGCAGUGCGAAGAGGUGUGGCAGCUCAUGACUUUGAUGAUGAGAAGGACGAUUAUGAUGGCAGUGAACCGAAGGCUUCUUGA